AUGCUAGGAUUUCAGCAUGACAGUUCAGUGGUUGAUCCGAUGACAAGACUCAAACUCAAACUGCUGGAGAAGAAACUGGAAAAUCAAAAGCACAAUAUGGACGACAGAGCGGAGUCUGCCCAGUCUGCAAGGAGUUAUGAUGGAGAGUUGGAUCAACUGCACCGUGCACUGAGGCGAAAGCAGGACCUGUUGCAAAGACUCAGGGAGCAGCACAUGUUAGAAGACCUCAACAGACCUCACACCUGGGGAGGGUCACAAAGACAGUACAAGUCACAUUUCUUCACUGCCCCUCAACCGCCUCCACCACCCCCACUCCACCAACCAGUCCCUGCUCUGUCCUUUCCGCCCCGUCCACCACCUGUUCUGCCUCAGCCAUCACGCAUCAUCCAGCAGACUCUAUCCCAGCAGCCUGCCGCCAUCAUACAACAGCUGCUGCCACAGCUGCCUCAGUCCUACCCUGCACCACGCUCAGGCAGCAUCAAAGAGGACAUGGUGGAAUUGAUGCUGAUGCAAAAUGCCCAGAUGCACCAGAUCAUAAUGCACAAUAUGAUGCUGAAAGCCAUGCCUCCUAUGUUGCCAGCUGGAGGGCCCAGUCGCUGUGUCCCUCAAACUACAUAUCUUGGGCAGGAUGGUUACCAAGGAAACCCCAUUUUUUUAAGGCCAGAUGUCAAACCAAGAGGACAUGCUGUCCAUCAUCAUUAUCACUAUGGUCCUACCCUUGCAGCACCACAGCUGCCUCCCAUCAGCCAACCUACAUGGCUACCAGGGGUGUCAUCUGACCCAGGAGGGGGACAUCUACCCUCCAUACACCAUGCAACAGACCCUUUCAGACUCCCACCACUCAAUGUGUAAGGUUUAGCCUACUAACAGCAUGUGUAGUCCACUUUGGGUC